AUGUCAACGGUCACCAAAAUAGAAGUCGACGGUCGCGCGGGCGGUGGGGAAACGACACCGUGCAAGUUUAGGGAACCUCCCAAGUCCAUGGUAAACUACUCCCAUCCCGCAAACCUCCCCGACCUUUGGAUGUUGACUUCUUCCUACCUCCUGUUCGCCCCGUCCUCCUCUCUCCUCUCUCCUCCCUUCCUCGAUUAUCCCUCCCCUUCGAAUCUCACAUCGCACUGCGUGCUCGCUUCUCGGGGAAUGCUCACAGCCCGAAGCUCCCCCGGCAGUUCGUCAUCUGCCCGCCUCCACCCCCCUCAUUUGGGCGACUCUGAAUCGCGUGUCGACUUGGCGAUCUAA